AUGUCCCGUUCCCAGGGCCAUAGCCCCGGUGACCCUCCUCGAGAUGCUAGAUUCGACCCCAACCAAUUGCGCGACUCUCCGCCACCUAUGAAGCUGGAAAGUGUGGAAGAUCUGCUCUGCAUGAAUGAUGAGCGCCUGGAGCGCUAUAUAUACAAUUAUUUCAAAAUCUAUGGAGACCUAGACGUCACCAUAGGUGGCGGCACCGAUGAUAUCCCCAAACGGCUCCUCGAUAGGCUUCAGAAGGAGAUUCGAGACUUCAAGAAGAAGCAAGGGCGGCUCGUCCGUACAGGUUCUGCAAUCAUUCACGUUGGGCUGCUCGAUAAGCUUGACGAACGACUACAAGAGGUGGCAGACAAGGGCCAGAUUCCCACCUGGAAACCGCGCACUGGUGUUAGCCCACCGCGAGAGCCAGAAACCCCGAUGCUUUGGUGUCGGGAAGGUUUUUCGAAAGACGAGGAAAUCAAGAAGAGGAAUUACGCUUGGUACAUGGAAAACUGCAAUCGGCUGGAAGAAGACGGAGGUCGCUCAGUUGUCUCCCUUGAUGGUCUGACGGAGCUAAGGGGCAGUGAACAGUAUCGUCUCAAGCUGCUACUCUGGAGCUAUGCUUUGGGGAUCCCGAAAGACAGGGCAAGCGAUGUGUUCGAGCAGCAAUUGGCCACUUGGGAGUUCUUCCGCAGAUGGCAGCGUUAUAACCGUGGGCUCCAUGACACGGGCGGGUUUGAGGAAUUCGCGAUCCAUUCCUGGCGCAAGAACAGAUGCAUGGGAACAGAGGAAGAGUACAACGAGUUUCUCGAAGACAUAAGGACUGACAGCCCUUCAGUUCUGAUGGAGGAAUGGGAGCAGGAGCAGCUACUCCGGGCCCAGCUGCAAAAACAUUGGCGAGAGGAUUGUGAGAGCUUUGACGAGUACGGCGCCGCCGUCGAACGGCGGUUGGCCAAGCAUGGGAUUUACAAAACUUUCAAGCCCGACAUUGAUGCCAGGAGCCAAGAUCCAGUCACGACAUGGACAGAAUACCUAGGUCAUAUGUGUUGGAUCUUAGACGUCCAAAAAGAACACCAAGAGGAGAUGCUGGCUGAUCACGAGCUAUACGUGGCCACCUUGACCUUUGAGCACCACAGCCUUGAUCGAGAUGACCCUGACUGGGAGGCCAAUCUACAAAAGGCCCAGAAGGGCCUCGACCAAGCCAAGGAGAAUUGUCAAAAGCUCGCGGCCAGGGGUCAAUCAAAGGGGUCAAUCUUCUGGCAGCCUCGCGAUUUGGGCGAUAUGAAAUUGAUGGUAAUUUGCACAGACCAGCUUACAAAAAUUGUCCAAACCGAGCUGCGUUUGGUUGAGAUGAGCGCGAAGCCACCAAAAGACGGCCUCCCUAUGGAAGCAUCUCUUGAUGGAGCUACCAACGCAGCGAAACAAAAUGCCGCUGUCGCCAUACAAGAGGUUCCAGAGGAUACCACCCCUCAGCCUGAUCAGUCGCAGCAGGUGGUGAGCACGCGGUCCACCUCGCCGUUAGAUGUGCCAGACAAUCCCACAUCCAGGAGCUUGAAGCGAAAGGGGUCCUUUUCGGAACAGAGCGAGCGCAACACAAAGUCUCGGAAGCUCUCCAAUGGCAGCGACUCCCAGCCAGUGCAGGCACUUCGUCGCAGUGAACGAAUCCCGGAGCUUGAGAGGAAGAGAAAGGAGGAUGAGCAGAAAGCCAGGGAGGAGGAGGCCAAGAAGGCAAAGAAAGAAGAGGAGGCCAAGAGGGCGAGGGCUCAGAAGAAGGCUAUGAGACUCCAGGCCGAGAGAGAGAAGAAACAGGCCGAAAAGGCUGCCAAGGCUGCAGAAGCGAGAGCUGCAAAGGCUGCCAAGGCUGAAGAAGCGAGAGCUGCAAAGGCUGCCAAGGCUGCAGAAGCGAGAGCUGCAAAGGCUGCCAAGGCUGAAGAAGCGAGAGCUGCAAAGGCUGCCAAGGCUGAAGAAGCGAGAGCUGCAAAGGCUGCAAAGGCUGAAGAAGCGAGAGCUGCAAGGGCUUCAAAGGCUGUGACGUCUGCGAGGGUUUCGAAGGCUGCAAACCCCAGAUACACCCAACCAGCUAGGCGCAGCCCUCGUGACACCAGAAAGCCAAACAGAUUGGGCUUCCCAUAG